AUGCUUGAUUGUGAAUCAACAUCAUUUGAUGAUGAAAGAAAAGAAAAAAUUUUCAAGUUAGCAUGUGCAAUGGGAGAUACUUAUGAUUCAGAAAAUGACAGGGAAAAAGAAUUUGAAAAUAAACUUAACAGUUUUUUGGGGUAUAAUAUAGAUGGAAAAGAUAGGAAGAAGAGGAAUUGUAAUGAAGAAGUUAGAUUUGAUGCAUUAGUAAAGUUAGAAUAUUCAAAAUCAGAAAAGGAUGCCUUGUUAGUAGGAUUCGAAUACAAAAAUGAAUCAUCAAAGGUAGAUCCAUAUGUGCAAAUCAGCACAUACUACCAAGAAUAUGUGGUUCAACAUGCCGAAGAUGAUGAAGAUCUUAUCCUGAAUACUUGUAUUCCAUGUUUUCUAGUUUGUUUGCAUGGUGCACGAUUUGAGAUUGCAGGUGCUGUAUUUGGGGAAAGGGUUACAAUAUGUCCUUUAAUAGCAGAAAAUCUUGUAGUCAGACCUGAUUUUUUUGAAUCAUGGAUAAAUCGACUGACAAGAAUAUUUUGUUCUUUACAUGAGGCGAUUAAAACUUUGGAAAAAUACUAUAGUGAAUGUUUAUUAGUUCCAGAAAAAAAGAUUGAUAGAAACGUGGGAAGGUUUCCAUGGAUAAGGUCAUACACAAAGGAUUCUUUAGUGGUAUCUUUUCAAUACAAAAAAUGUUGUGUUGACAUUUUACAAAGUCUGGUGUAUCUUGUAGAAGAGAAUGAUGAUACAAAACACAUAGUCAAGUUUUCUGAAACUUAUGGUUAUGAUGCACACAGUUUCUGUGCUGAACAUCAAAUAGCACCAAAAAUCAUUCAUUAUUCAGACAUAAAUUCUGGGUAUAAAUUUAUUGUAAUGCAAUAUCUUGAUGGAUAUGAGACUAUAAAUUCAUUGUUUUCGAAAGUAAAAAAAGAAGAUUUGAAGGAGAUAAAAAAUUCUAUAAAACUUGCUAGAUUGCCAGAAGGAACUAAUUGUAUCAUAAAAUUUGUGAAAACAUACGGGGAUGAUGUGCAUGAACUUUGCUAUACAAACGGGUUCGCACCAGAAUUAUUUGCCAUAAACACAAUUAAUUUAUCAGAAUAUAAAUUAGUGGUUAUGGAAGACCUUGAAGAACAGGGGUACAAAUGCGUAAGAGAAAUAUGGCGUUUGCUCUCCUUAGAUGACAGAGAGACUUUAAAAUCAAAGAUUAACCGUGCAAUCAAGAAUAUCCAUUCUGCUAAAUAUGUACAUGGUGAUAUGAGAAUUGAUAAUAUAAUGGCAAAAAUGUAUAAAACAGAAUGGUCAAUUAAAAUAGUUAACUUUGAUUGGGCAGGAACUUUAAAUGAAGCAAAGUACCCGUUAUCAAUUCUCGAUGAAAAAUACACAGAAUACCAUGAAGAUGCGCAUUAUGGUAGUCACAUUAAACAUGAACAUGACUUACACCUCAUUGAAAA